GCGGCCGAGGAGUCCGGGCUGCGGCGCCUCCCGCAGCCAGAGCCCGCCGAGCCUCCUGCACACGCCGGCGCCAUGGGCUCCUGAGGUGGGCUCCUCCUGUCCGCCCAGGGAGCCUGCUGCUGCCACCACUGGGCACCAUGACAGUGAAGGGGGCCGCACUGGCCCCUGGCCCGGCGUCGCCCACCACUGCAGCUGCAUCCCCCAGCGUCUCCACGAUCCCCGAGGGCAGUCCCACAGCCAUGGAGCAGCCCGUGUUCCUGAUGACCACCGCCGCCCAGGCCAUCUCUGGCUUCUUCGUGUGGACAGCCCUGCUUGUCACCUGCCACCAGAUCUACAUGCACCUGCGCUGCUACAGCUGCCCCAACGAGCAGCGCUACAUCGUGCGCAUCCUCUUCAUCGUGCCCAUUUACGCCUUCGACUCCUGGCUCAGCCUGCUCUUCUUCACCAACGACCAGUACUACGUGUACUUCGGCACUGUCCGCGACUGCUACGAGGCCUUGGUCAUCUACAACUUCCUGAGCCUGUGCUAUGAGUACCUUGGCGGAGAAAGUUCCAUUAUGUCCGAGAUCAGAGGAAAGCCCAUUGAGUCCAGCUGUAUGUAUGGUACCUGCUGCCUCUGGGGAAAGACCUACUCCAUUGGAUUCCUGCGCUUCUGCAAACAGGCCACCUUGCAGUUCUGUGUGGUGAAGCCACUCAUGGCCGUUAGUACCGUGGUCCUCCAGGCCUUCGGCAAGUACCGAGACGGGGACUUUGAUGUCACCAGUGGCUACCUGUACGUGACCAUCAUCUACAACAUCUCUGUCAGCCUGGCACUCUACGCGCUCUUCCUCUUCUACUUUGCCACCCGAGAGCUGCUCAGCCCCUACAGCCCCGUCCUCAAGUUUUUCAUGGUCAAGUCCGUCAUCUUCCUCUCCUUCUGGCAAGGCAUGCUGCUGGCCAUCCUGGAGAAGUGCGGGGCCAUCCCCAAGAUCCACUCAGCCCGCGUGUCUGUGGGCGAGGGCACCGUGGCCGCCGGCUACCAGGACUUCAUCAUCUGUGUGGAGAUGUUCUUCGCAGCCCUGGCCCUGCGGCAUGCCUUCACCUACAAGGUCUAUGCUGACAAGAGGCUCGAUGCUCAAGUACCGACAUAUGGCCCGUACGGCCGCUGUGCCCCCAUGAAGAGCAUCUCCAGCAGCCUCAAGGAGACCAUGAACCCGCACGACAUUGUGCAGGACGCCAUCCACAACUUCUCGCCCGCCUACCAGCAGUACACGCAACAGUCCACCCUGGAGCCUGGGCCCACCUGGCGUGGCGGUGCCCACAGCCUCUCCCGCUCACACAGCCUUAGUGGCGCCCGUGACAACGAGAAGACGCUCCUGCUCAGCUCUGAUGAUGAAUUCUAGAACAGUCUGUGCACCAGGGCCCCGGGCUGGUGGCACAGCCAGGCCAGGAGGUGGCUGGCACAGCUUUGGCCUUGCCCCUUAUUUAUUGGACCAGAAAUGCUCACAUAUCGCUGUCCGGGAAUGGGUUGCCCCUGCGCGUCUGUGGCGGACAGCCCAGACUCACCUAGGAGUCUUCAGGAAUAUUUAUACAUGGCCAACACUGCACUACCCAUGCCAGGAAGGAGGACAUGGAGCCGCAUGUACCCCUGUAGCCUGCUUGCUGUGGCGGCACAUGGGAUCCAGUGCGUGGGGACCAACAGCUGCAACUUCAACUUCUACUCCCCUUCCCCCCACAACCAGCUUCCUACUGAGGGUUAGCAGGCCAUGCCCACCCUGUGCACCGUGCAAUAUCCCCCACAUGCCCCAGCGCCUCCGGCCUGCUCCCCACUCCACCCACCUCCAUUUGCCUUGCCCCAGGCAGGAGGAGGGAAUGUGGGUACCCGAGGUUCCCUUCUGUCCCAGUCUGCCUGGCAUGCUGCAAGAAGGGUCCAAGCCAGACCCCAAGUACUGUGGCUCCACCCAGGAAGAAGGUGGUGCCCUUCUCUUGGGCACCCUGGUAGGGGCCACUCCCCACCCACCCCUGGUCUGUAGCUACCACUGACUCCUGCCUGUUCCCUGGGGUCCUCCCUCUUGAUGGGGCAUUUGUUGAGCCCUUGCCUCCCAGUCCUCCUUCUGGAGUGGAACCCAAGCUUCUGCCGGGUCCCUCUGGUUUCACAGGAUGGGUCUGAAUCCCCGCAGGCCAGGCCAGUGUCCAGGAGAGGACUGGACGGGCGGCCAUGCAGUGGGAGGUGGGAGGUGGGAGGAGAGAUGUCCCCGACCCCUCUCCCAGGCCCCUGUCCACACAGGGCCUGGUGCUCUGCCUCAUGUGGCCCCGGGCCAUCUCUUCUGUGCCUUAGUCACAUAUGAACGCUCCCUCCCGACCCCCAGUCUGUGCUGGGACAUUCCUCCUAGGCUGUUGGCACUCACAGGGCUCUGCAGUGCCUGCCCGGCACUCCUGGCCAGAGUUACCUGUCUCCUCUCUGACCCCUGUCAUUCUGAGACACCUGGGCUCCUCAGGGUCAUAACCCCGCGCUGGCCCAGCUGCAUGGGCCCAUCGCAGGAGCCUCACGCUGGAACACGUUGAGAUGGGUGCGGCGUCGUGGCACCCAGAGGGUGCUGGGUUUGGGCCCGAGGUGGGGAGGAUGGGGAACCCCAGCCAUGAGGCUUUCACUGCAGUCAGUGUGUGGGAUGGGUCUAGCCCAGGAAGCCUGUGGCCACAGCCGCCAUGGAGGGCCCUGGGAGCCAGCUCUCAAACCCCCUUCUGCGUGGGUGAUCAUGCAUCUCAUCUCCCUGUCUUGGUUUCCUUUCUCCUUCCAGGCCAAAGUGUGUUGCUGACCCCUUCCUCCCCGCAUUAUGCCCACCUGGCACUUUUGUCCACGAGUAUGGGAGGCGGGAGUGGGGGCAGUGCUGGGAUGGGGGUCCCUGGGGACACAGUGGUAGGGAGACAGGAAUGUGUAUCUGACUGCUCCCGCCCUCCUUCCCAGAAUGCAUAACCUACAUUGUCUUAUGUUAUUUUAGUUUUUUUUUUUCCAGAUAGAGUAGCUCUUUGUACAUAAAAAAUACUUGAAAAAUUCCUUGUAUGCCAGAUGAGAAGACAGAGCCCCUAGUUUUAUAUCUCGUAUGACUGCCCCGAGUCCCACCAGAAAGCCGCUCUAUUUUGGUCUCAGCGACAUUUUAAAUGUGUGACAGAAGUGAGCAAAUAAAGUGAGGAAGAAGUAUAUAUAUAUAUAUGAGAUAAUAUAGAUUGUACUGAAAUCGCA